CUUUAUGCCUAUCUGGUCGAAUCAGACCGUGCGACAAUAACGUACACCUCCAUUCCUCUUACAUGUGAAUCUCGUGCUGGACAAACAGACUCCAACUUACCAGCCACAAGCAGCAUCGCCCCCAUGGCAGCCUACGACACCUGCAGUCUAAUCUACUCGUACCUCACAACGUCCACUUCAGGGUACUCGUGCACGUAUGCCAAGUACAUAGCCACCAACCAAAUCGACCUCGCGACAGUGAAGACGGUCGACUGCACGCAAUCCUUCUGCCGCAGCAUCCUCACCACGUUUGCCAGCGUCGGCGUGUACUCGGACUUUGGGUCGUGCUACCUCAAGGACACGUCGUCGUCCAAGAACGUGAGUCUGCUGUCACUCGCUUCGGUCUGCAAUGGCAUCGACGUCGCCAACACCGGCGGUACCAACAUCUACGUCCCCACCUACAACCCGUCCUUGUACCCGUCGGGCCUCGUCACGGACGUCCAAACCGGUAUCAGUACCGGUGCCAUCGUCGGCAUUGUCGUGGGGGUGGUGGUCGUGGUGAUCUUUUUCGGAGUGGUGAUCUUCAAGUACCGUCAAAACAACAAGGCGAGUCCACCACCUCCAGCGUACAUCGUGUUGAACGAGCCACGACAAGGGCACCACGCCACUGCGACUUCCACCGCAGGCACGACGUCCUCCACCGCCGCCACUGGGCAGUCGACUCGUCUUCCGAAGCCUUUGAAGCACCAACCCGAUCCUUGUCAACCUCCGACUCGCACGGUCGGGUCUACUCUGGACCAGACUACUUCCAAUAGCUCGUCCAUGACGACCCUCACGCACAAGAGCAUGCCAGGUCAAUUGGACUUGUGUGAAUUGGACAUGCAUCGCGUGCAUCCCAAGGACAUACAUCUCAUCCAACCGCUGGCCCAAGGCGCGUACGGUGAAGUGUGGGUCGCAGAACACUUGGGGGUGUCGAUUGCUGUCAAGCGUCUGUUGCCGUCCAAGACAUCCCUAGCCGACUUGCAAAAGUUUAUUUGGGAAAUCAAGCUCUUGUCCAAGAUCGAUUGUCCAUAUGUCGUGCGCUUCCUUGGCGUGUCGUGGACGAAACCGUCCGACAUGAUGCUCCUGACCGAGUUGAUGGCCGGCGGCGACUUGCGCCAAGUGUUGGAAUCGAAUCAAUCGACCAAUCACAACCACCAGUUUACGUGGCACGACAAGGUGCAGUGUGCGCUGCACAUUGCCGAGGGACUGGUGUUCUUACACUCGAUGGACCCCAAGGUGAUUCACCGCGAUUUGAAGUCGCGCAACGUACUCCUAGACGCCGACUUUAACGCCAAGAUCACGGAUUUUGGCAUUGCGAGGGAGACGGACGACGCCACCAUGACCGCGGGCAUCGGCACGUACCGGUGGAUCGCGCCAGAAGUGCUUCUGGACGGCCACUACUCCGAGUCAGCCGACAUUUUCAGCCUCGGUGUGAUUCUGACCGAGCUUAGCACUCAACUCAUUCCGUACUCGGACUUGCGUAACGACAAGGGCAACGUGUAUACGGAUACGGCCAUCAUGGCCAAAGUGAUGGCGGGCGAGCUGACUCCGACGUUUGCAUCGGAGUGUCCCAUGUGGUUUGUCAAGCUGGGGCGGGAAUGCAUGGCGCUGACACCGCAAGACAGACCUACCGCCAUGAAAGUCGCGUAUCAGCUGCGAAGUCACGUCCAGGGGUUCGUGUAACCGAAUAUCUAGACGUUUAAACGAGUACAUAUACAGGAGUACAUAGUACACGUUGUAAACGAG